GUACUUUACUGGAAAGAUAGUAAGUGUCUGAUUCGGUAUGGAGGUAACGUUGAUCGUUUUCUGACUCGCUAUCUCCUCCAAUGGCUUAAAGCGCUUAGUAUCAUUGGCCGUAUCUCGGAGAGCGUUAGUAUAAUAAGCGAUCUACUAGGUUAUUUGUAUACAAGUUUCUAG